AUGGUAUCAACUAGAAUGUCAGACAUAAAUAAAAAUGAGUUAUACAAAAAGGCAGCCACAGAAUGGUGUUCUAUAAAAAAAAAAGAAGAAGAUAUUCAAGCAAAAAUAAGAGAGUAUUCAAAUACUCUAGUACAAUUGUGUGGUUGUGUUAUAGCUUCUACAUCCUAUAGACAGCUUCCUCAAUUUUUUUCUCAAUCUUCUAGCAAUCUACAACAGCCACAAGUCUCUACUAUAACAGAAUCCAUAGAACCAAUUCAUAAUAAUGCAGUAGUAUAA